AUGGGUGCAUGGUUAAGAAACGCAAAGCCAUAUCUACUACUCUUAGCAGUUCAAUUUGGUUCGGCAGGAAUGUUCAUUUUCGCCAUGGAUGCUAUCAAGAAAGGAAUGAGCCAUUACGUUUUCAUCGUCUACCGUAACGCUCUCGCCACUGUCACAUUAGUUCCGUUCGCAUUUUAUAUAGAAAGGAAAAUUAGGCCGAAGAUGAGUCUCCGGGUAUUUUCAGAGAUUAUGUUACUGGCUUUUUUCGAAAUAAUUCUUGAUCAGUGUUUUGCGCUGUUGGGGAUGAAAUUAACAUCGGCUUCUUUCCUUUCUGCUGUGAUGAACUCUGCGCCGUCGAUUACUUUUCUGUUUGCAGUCAUUUUAAAAUUGGAGCACAUGAAGAUAAAGGAGGUAGCAUGUCAAGCAAAAAUGAUUGGUACUGCAAUAACAUUUGCAGGAACAUUGUUAAUGGCUCUUUACAAAGGUCCGGUAGUUAGUGUUGUGAAGUCGUCUAUUAGUGACGCUACCAGUCAGCCUGAGAUUGUGAACGAUUCCGGUAACAGAUGGAUCAUAGGAACAUGUUUCCUCCUCAUCGGUUGUGCUGGCUUUUCCGCCUUUUACAUAUUGCAGGCCAUAACGUUGAGAAAGUACCCUGCACCGAUGUCGCUGGCAACCUGGGUUUGUUUCGUUGGCGCACUUCAAAGCUUUGUGGUGACAAUAUUUGCUGAGCGUCACAACUCUCAUGCUUGGGCUCUUGGUUGGGAUUCACGACUCUUUGCCCCGGCAUAUGCGGGGAUAGUUACAUCAGGAGUGCAGUAUUAUAUACAAGGGGUGGUUAUGAAAGCUAUGGGUCCAGUUAUUGUAACUGCUUUUAAUCCGUUGCGUAUGAUCAUUGUGACGGCCUUGGCGUGCAUCAUUCUUUCGGAGAAGCUCUUUCUUGGAAGUAUAAUUGGAGCAAUAGUGGUGGUUCUUGGGCUUUAUCUGGUUGUGUGGGGAAAAUCAAAAGAGCAGAAAGCCCGGGAUGAUAUUCAUAUGACAGAGUCACCUAUGAAGGAGAAUCCGUUACAAGAGCAACAUCAGUUACCUGUGACAGCUCCUAAAAAUGAAAAUAGCGAUAGUAAUAAAGCUCAAUUGGUCAUGCAGGGUGAAGAAACAUGUUACAAUUGUGGACGAAUUUGA